AUGGUCUCACGUGUUGCUGCGGUGAAGGCUCCCCGCACACACAACCGUCGCGGCGUGACCGGAUCCAGCGGAAGGAGGAGGGAAGGAAAAGAGAGUGAGCAGCAGAGGCCCAACAUGUCCCGGCAUCUCCUCCAUUUUGUGCUGCUCCUCCUCGUCGUGAUGAUGUGCUGCGCCACCUGUAGAGCUACGCCUGCAAAGGAGAAUGAUGGCAACAGUGAUUUAAAAAGUGUUCCGGAGCUGCAGAGGGUUGAUUUAUUUGUGCCGCGGACAACGCAGGUGCUGCCGGAAGGUGGAGAUACUUCAGGGACAAAGUGGGAUUCAUUUGCUGCACCCUCUCUCGUCAGUGCAGGUGGAGUAAUUGCUGCUUUUUCCGAAGGUCGCAUGAAGGCCGAAUAUGGCACUAAUUAUGUACUAAUUAAGCACUUUUACUCUGAUGUUGUUGCGGAGUACAUCGACUCUUCGUGGGAUUGGUCCACUCUUGUUGGCGCGGUGAGGGAAAGUACAUGGAAGCCACAAACCGUGCUUGGUACAACGGAUGGAGCAAAUAAUCGUGUGGGUAUUUUACUCAAUCCAACAACAACGAUGAAGGGCAAUAAGGUGUUUCUUCUUGCGGGAAGCGUUGAUGUGCACAAUGAAAGUGGUGGGAAUUGGAAAGAGGGCAGAUUCGAACUAAAACUGGUUGUGGGUGAUGUCGCGAAGCCUUCUGCGGGCGAAGGGCCAAGUAAAUGGAUCAAAUGGGGCGAAAUCAAGUCUCCGUUCAACGAGACUACUUUAGCUGCUCACAAAGUUAACUUGACGAAGUGCCUUGCUUCUGGUGGCGCAGGCGUUCUGAUGGAGGAUGGCACCAUUGUGUUUUCUCUGAUGGCGGAGAGCGGAAAUAGUGUCGUUUACUCCAUGAUCAUUUACUCGACGGACAACGGCAGUACCUGGUCGAUCUCAACGGGCGUUUCCCCAGCGAAAUGCCUUAAACCCCGCAUCACAGAGUGGGAGGGAUCACUUCUCAUGAUUGUUGAUUGCGAGAAUGGCCAGAGGGUGUACGAGUCGCGUGACAUGGGGACAACGUGGACGGGAACCAUCGGGAAACUCUCAGGCGUGUGGGCCAAACCCCAACCAGAAGACUCCAAGAAUUUAAGCCUGCAUGUGGAUGCCCUCAUCACUGCGACCAUUGGGAAAAAGAAGGUCAUGCUGUACACUCAGCGAGGGUACGCCUCGGGGGAAAAUAAGGCCAAUCCGCUCUAUCUUUGGGUCACGGACAACAACCGCUCGUUUUGUGUUGGACCUGUUGCCAUGGAGGAGGCUGCUGUGAGGUGGGAGUUCGCCAGCAGCCUGCUGUACUCGGAUGGCAAUUUGCAUCUUUUACAACAGAGAGACAGCGAUAAAGGCGGUGUCAUUUCACUUUCCCGCCUGACGGAGGAGCUGAGUAAAAUCAGGUCCGUCCUCAGUACUUGGGCACAAAAGGACGUUUUCUUUUCCAGCUUUUCUAUACCCACGGCGGGUCUGGUGGCAGUUUUGUCCGAUGCGGCUAGCGGUGACACGUGGAACGACGAUUACCUUUGCCUCAAUGCGACGGUGAGGAACGCCACGAAGGUCAAGGAUGGAUUGAAAUUGACGGAGUCUGACUCCGGGGUAAUUUGGCCUGUAAACAUUCCGGAUGGUAAUGUGCGUCAUGUGUUUUUGAGCCUCAACUUCACACUUGUGGCGUCGGUGACCAUCGAAGUGGCUCCGAGUAAUAACACUCCUCUACUGGGUGCGACGUUGGGGGACACUAAAUCCCCGCUUACCAUGGGAAUCUUGUAUACCGCGGAUAACAAGUGGGAGACGAUGUUCAACGACAAGACAACAGAAAGUGGCACUUGGGAGUCGGGGAAAGAAUACCAAGCGGCACUCAUGCUGCAAGGCAAAAAGGCUUCUGUGUACAUUGAUGGUCAAUUGCUGGGGGAGGAAGAAGCGCCGUUAACAGGUGAGACACCACUUGAGCUUGCAGGCUUUUGCUUUGGCGCGUGCGGUAUGCAAAACUCUCCCGUGACGGUGAAGAACGUCUUUCUGUACAACCGCCCACUGAAUCCCACUGAGAUGACUGCAAUAAAGGACAGGAUCCCCGUUUUGACGAGAGCUCUGGAACCACAAGCGGGAGGUGUUUCUCAAACCAUCGCAUCUGUUGUGUCUGGCCCAGAGAAAAAUUCAGCAGCUCCAGCGGUGCCCAUGACAUUGGACCCCCAUGCGGUUGAAGAAGUGAGAGAGGGUGGAGCGGCAAAGAGGAAUACCUCUCGGACUGAAGAUGUACAAUUCGUUGUGCCAGAGGUGAGCUUGAAUUCUGCUGGGAGCGGACUUAUGCCGCUGCUGCUUCUGCUUCUGUUGGGGCUGUGGGGGUUUGCGGCUUUGUGA